AUGGAACACGAGCCCGGCGACGACUACCUGCGUCGCAUCGCGAAAUACAUCAGAACACAUGAACUCAACCUGGCUCAGGGCGGGCUUCCCCUGCGACGGCGACCGCCACGUCCGUCCGAAUCAUCCGUUCUCAACCCGCUCACCUGGCUUGGGCUCGAUGGCAAUGGCUCUCAGCAGACGGCGAAGCCGAUGGUCCUUACUCUCGACAUUCACCACCUGUUCUACAUCUUGAUCCGUCUGGAAGCGAUUGGGCUGGAUGUAGGCUCGCUUGACGUCAAAGUGGAUGGUGCAAGCCGGCCCAUGAACUAUAUCAAUGUAUUCCCAAACUCUGACAAGUCGGAGACACUCUCCCUUGCGUCUUUCAGGUCGUCGCUCUCAGCUGUCUCACGACUAUCACUCGGUGCUGGGUGGUGGGGACGGGCAGAGCCCCCGUCGCUCGACUCGGAGCUCAAGUACAUCUACAGUGCGUUCACGAAGCUUCCCGCCUUGUGCCUUACCGCACCGGGUCCGAAGGUCAUAGCCGAACUAGCGAACGAGCCGCCGAACGAUAAUGCCUUACCACUCUAUGCGUUCAAGAACCUGCAGAGCUUGGAAUGCGUCGAUAUUGACCCGAGGACGCUGCUGGGGUGGGAUCGUUUAGCGGUGAGCUUGUGGAGCUUGACCAUCAAACGGAGUGGUUUGGAGGACGUAUCAGACGUUUUCAUCAAUGCUGUUCUGGACGAUCAGGCAAGGGCGGAAGGGACGGUUAACCGGACACGGCGCCGGCACCUGGGCCCGACAAGACAGACGUCGUUUUACAGUACGUCGUUACCUGAGUCUGUGACAGAGCACGACGAAGAGGACGAAGAGGAGCCCUCAACACCGAAGCAGAGUGAUCCUCAGCCGCCCAAGUUAGCCCCAUCGAAAUGGGCCAACCUGCGGCACCUCUGUCUCGCCGAUAACGCGCUGACAUUCCUGCCUACCGCACCCCUGCCCUACCUCACGUCUCUCAUGCACCUCGACCUUUCUUCAAACUUACUCGUUUCCGUGCCAGAGGGGUUGUCGACCCUGUACAACCUCCGCUCACUCAACCUCUCCGAUAACAUGAUCGACUCCGUGCUCGGGAUCUACAAAGUUCUGGGCAGUGUACUCUCGUUGAACCUCGCGUCCAACAGGUUGGAGUCGCUUUGCGGACUCGAACGUCUCAUGGCGCUCGAGCGCGUCGACCUCAGGCACAACCUUAUCGAAGAGAGCGCGGAGGUCGGCCGGCUCGCGACCCUCCCAAAUAUAAGUCAGGUCUGGGUCGAGGGGAACCCGCUUGUCGAGAUUGAGGAGAACUACCGAGUGAAGUGUUUCGAGUACUUCUGGAAGGAGGGCAAGGAGAUCAUGCUCGAUGGGAGCCCUCCGGGGCUCUACGAGAAGUCCUUCAUGACAAGUCCACCGCCAGUCCAGAUGUCGAGCUCGCGGCCUGUCUCCACGGCGUACUCACCCCCCGUGGUACCUGUCGGGAGCGCGUUCAGCCCGCCUGCGAGACGGGCGGAAGGCUCAAGCGUGAGUCCUGUGCGGUCUCCCGUAGGGUCAUCGAUGUCGUCGCAGACUGCGUCGCCGCAUCUUGGCGCGGCGUCUUCCGCGAUAGUGAGCAAGAAUCGGCGGAAGAAGAAUAAGAGGAUUGUGGACCUGGACGGGAAGGGCGAGUGUGAGCAUGGCAUUGAAGGGCGGAAGCAUGGGCAUGGACGGACUAUGUCAGAGGGCAAGGCUCUCGCUUCGGUCCAGACGCGAGAUCUUGCCAGUCCAGAAGGAGGCGAUAAAGGCAAGGAGGGGCAAGAAGGAGAUGCUCCAGCGGCAAACCCUCUGACGACCUUACCUUCCCGUCCGCCUCCCCGCUCACGCCAUAGUCGCUCGCAAACGUCCUACGUCUCCCGGCCCGUCUCUACUGUCUUCCUCGCAUCCCCACCCACCCCCUCCGCUCUUCCACCUGUUACCGAACCAGAACCUACGCAGACGCGACGGUCUGCGACCAUCUCAGGGAAGUCUAAGUCCGCACUACGGCGCGGUCGCGUCUCUGCAUCGGUGUACGAGCCGCCGGCUGGGUCGGAUGAGGACGGGGAGAACGCCGCACAUAAGGAGGCCGAGGCCUUCCGCGCGCGGAUAGAGGCGCUGCGAAGCGAUAUGGGGGAGGGGUGGCUGAAGGUGUUCAGCCAGACGCAGCUGGAGUCGCCUCGGGCUUAGCUUGGGCGGGGAGAGUGGUCUAUGUAUUAUAAUGUGUGAUAUCCGACGUUCGUGUAUACCCGGCCGUGCUUUGAUGCGUGUGUAUUUAUGUAACUUAACCCUUCGAUGAUCAUGGAGUAUAGACGUUCCAUCAUGUCGUAGACUCG